AUGUCUAUGAGCGUAGCUGAGUGUGCCCCGGUCCGUGAGGGAUACCCUCGCCCGUUCCCAAACACACCAACAAAUGUGUUGGCGCAGAUGCGUCUGAGCGGAAAGGUUGUCGUGAUCACAGGAGCUGCAGAUGGUAUCGGAUACGCAGUGGCUGAAGCCAUGGCUGAGGCUAAUGCCGAUAUUGCCAUGUGGUACAACUCCAAUGAUGCAGCCGUCGCGAAAGCGCAGGCACUGGCUUCUACUCAUGGGAUUAGAGCUACUGCUUACAAGGUCGACGUUUCGGAUGCGGAUGCCGUUCAACAAGCAAUUGCAGAUGUCGCCAAAGACUUUGGCAAGGUCGAUGUGUUUAUCGCAAACGCCGGAAUGGCUAUUUCCAAGCCUCUUCUGGAGCAAACACUGGAAGAGUAUCGGAAGCAGAUGUCGGUGAACGUCGAUGGCGUUCUCUACUGCGCUAAAUAUGUUGGGGAGGUGUUCAAACAACAAGGCUUCGGUAACCUGAUCAUCACCUCUAGCAUGAGUGGCCACAUUGUCAAUGUCCCCGUUGAUCAACCCGUCUACAAUGGCAGCAAGGCCUUUGUGACGCACUUAGGAAAAUCACUUGCUCGCGAGUGGAGAGAGUUUGCCCGUGUUAACAUUGUCUCUCCUGGCUUUUUCGAUACCAAGAUGGGUGCCAGUCCGCAAACGGUCAACGAAGCCUACCGAAUGGCGCCGCUUGGGAGACAGGGCCAUGUGAAGGAGAUCAAGGGAUUGUAUUUGUAUCUCGCCAGUGACGCGUCUACAUUCAUGACUGGCAGUGAUGUACUCAUUGAUGGUGGUUACGUGCUACCAUGA